UAUAACUAAAAAUGCACCCAAAAAAUAGUACUCCAAACUUUAAUAUUGAAAAGCAAUCAGUUUAAAAAAAUACUUGCCCUAAUAGGUCUGUUUAGCAUUGUAAAUUAUAAUUUAAUAUUUAGUUAGUGUUUAUGAUGACUUUUAAUAUAAGAAAGCAAUUCCAAAGUUAGAUUUUAAAGAACAAAUAUUUCAUUCUCAGAUUUUCGAUUAAUCAGAAACCUUAAAACAAUAAGUAAUUGAUUUAUAAAGAUAAAUCAAAAUAAAAGAACUUAGUUAUGAAUCUCUAGCUACUGCACUUUUUUAAUAGAAACAAAAUUUUGAAGAACUAUAAAUUGCUUUUGCUAAAUUGGAGGAUGAAAAAAAGUCUCUUCAAAAAGAAUUAAGAGACUAAGUUGAAAAAAACGAGUUUAACUAAUUCGACAUGAAGUAAUUAUAAGAAAUAAAUACGUUAUUUCAAAAUGAAAAUACUUAGUUGAAAUUAGGAGCUGUUAAAGUAUUUAAUAUAUUAGAUAUAGCUUAAAGACAAUAUUAUAAAAUUAUAAAUGGAUAACAAAUAACUUAAAGAGCAAAUUGAGACCUUAAUGACCAAUCCAUUAAGUUGUGAGAGAAAAGGAAGUUCUCGUCUUUCUUUUGAUUAUUUAUUAAAUGAUGCAGAUUAUACUUAAUCAGUUUAAGGAUAUUCUGGUACCUCACUUUAAAAUGGAGAAAAAAAUUGUAUUUGUUCAAAAAGAAUAAUGCAUUUAUAAGCAGAGAUUAAAAAAUAUUAAAUAUAAUUAUUUGAAAAAGACUAACUGAUAGCUAAAUUAACAUAAUAAAAUAUUGGCCUUUAAAAAACUUAAGCAAAGAUAUAAAAAUAUUAGAAAAAAUAAAAUCUAUUCGGAACCCCUGAAACUGAAAUAGCAAAAUAAGACCCUAUAUUAAUUUAAGAUGAUAGUAAUGACACCUCUCGAUAGUUAAAUACAUAUUUAAGUGAUAAAAGAUUUAACAAUAUUAUUACUGCUUAAGAAUCUUAAAUGCCUGUAAUAUUAUUAAAUAAUACGAUUAGUUAAAGACAUCAUCAAGUGCAAGAUCAGUUUUAAUGAAUAAAUCUAAAAAAGAAGUAGAACAAAUUUAUAAAAAAAUGAAUUAAUCCGCUCUUUUUACAGCAAGCUUAUUUUCGACUAUGCUUGAUUAUAAAAAUUUGCAGGAUAAUUGUGCUCAAAUACGAAGCACAGGUUAUAAUUAGAUAAAAUAGACAUGAUA